CCCCUCCCCUCCCCUCCCCUCCCGGGCUGGCGGCGGCGGCGGCGGCGGCGGCGAUUUUCAUGCUUUUUGCGGCAGCCGCAAGUGAGGACGAACCACGGUUCACAUCGGGAACCAGCAAAGGGGCAGCCGGGCCAUUCUGCUUAAACCAAUGCUAGAUUUAGAAGUACUUCCGGAAAGGUCUCUUGGGAAUGAACAAUGGGAAUUCACCCUGGGAAUGCCAUUGGCUCAGGCUGUCGCAGUUGUUCAGAAACACUGUCGUAUCAUCAAAAAUGUCCAGGUUCUCUACAGUGAACAAUCUCCUCUUAGCCAUGACCUCAUCCUUAACCUGACUCAGGACGGAAUCAAACUGCUAUUUGAUGCUUUCAAUCAAAGACUGAAGGUGAUUGAAGUUUAUGACUUGACUAAAGUGAAGUUAAAGUACUGUGGUGUUCAUUUUAACUCUCAAGCUAUCGCUCCCACCAUUGAACAAAUUGAUCAGUCUUUUGGAGCCACCCAUCCAGGAGUGUACAACUCUGCUGAGCAGCUUUUCCAUCUAAACUUCAGGGGACUGUCCUUUUCCUUUCAGUUGGACUCAUGGACUGAAACUCCAAAGUAUGAGCCAAACUUUGCGCACGGCUUGGCCUCUCUGCAAAUUCCACAUGGUGCAACUGUGAAACGCAUGUACAUCUAUAGCGGAAACAGUCUGCAGGAUACAAAGGCACCUAUGAUGCCCCUCAGCUGUUUCCUUGGAAAUGUGUAUGCUGAAUACAUUGAUGUUCUGCGAGAUGGAGCUGGACCCUCAGGUUUACGACUACGAUUACUCACUGCAGGUUGCGGUCCUGGCGUGUUAGCCGAUGCCAAGAUGCGGGUAUCUGAACGCUGUGUGAAUUUCGGCGAUUCGUGCCAAGACGUACUGAGCACUUUGGGGUCCCCUCACAAGGUUUUCUACAAAUCAGAAGAUAAGAUGAAAAUUCAUUCACCCUCGCCUCACAAGCAAGUCCCUUCGAAGUGCAAUGAUUUUUUCUUCAACUACUUCACGCUUGGAGUGGACAUCCUUUUUGAUGCAAAUACCCAUAGAGUGAAGAAAUUUGUUUUGCAUACCAAUUAUCCUGGUCAUUAUAACUUCAACAUUUACCACCGCUGUGAAUUCAAGAUCCCACUAGUUAUUAAACGAGAAAGCACCGAUUCACAGAUGGAAACCUGCACAACUUAUAGCAAGUGGGAUAAUAUUCAAGACCUUCUUGGACAUCCAGUAGAAAAACCUGUAGUUCUUCACAGGUCAUCUUCUCCAAACAACACAAACCCAUUCGGGUCAACAUUUUGUUUCGGAUUACAACGGAUGAUCUUUGAGGUGAUGCAGAACAACCACAUAGCCUCGGUCACCCUCUACGGCCCAGCGAGACCCAACAGCCAGACCAAGACCUUGGAUCUUCCCCAGUGAGCAAUAUCCAUUGAACACAGCACAACACAAUUAGUUCAGCGUGCCUUGAGUUGCUGCCACUUUUAGUAUGGAAAAGCACCGUAUGAUGGAGAGUGUGUGGGGUGUGCGGGGGCGUGACGCAGAGAGAAAACCAGCGUAUAAGGAAACCUGCCCCUUGGCAUCUGCUGCUUGCAUGGCGCAGGCUGGAAAUCCUCUGCAACUGUGCGUUGCAGGACUUGGAGCCAGUGGUGGAGGCGCACCCAGUAGGCGGCUCUCCCAUUGAUGCCCCAUCUCGCUUGCCCUUGGAUUGCGCGGUAUAAAUGCAAAAAGACUGGUCCGGCUUUGCUGGGCUGGACAGAGGAUGAGCUUCCGAAGAGAGGGCUCAGCAAGGACUGCACGACUUCGAAGCAGAAGUUUCUCAGCCUUGGGCAUCUGGAAGCAGGUCUCUCUAUAUAUAUCUGUACCUAUAUAUAUAUAUAUAUAUAUCUGUAUGUAUACGUAUGAUUUUGUUUUCUUUCCCAUCUGUGUUUGCGUUAAAUGUAUUGAGAACAGUGCUCAUUUGUUUCGUCUUGUUUCUGGGGAAAAAAAGAAUUAAGACAAGGAUAUGGGCGGAUGUGUACUCACACAGAGCUCAUGUACAGGCGUACGCAUAAAAUAAAGGACAUGGGCAUUUCAGUGGCUUGGGAGCCUUGACCAGGCUCAACUAGCAGACAGAGACAUGUCCAUAAUUUCAGACAUCCUACGUUGGAAACAACAGGCAAAGCAACAUAAAGACUAGUAUAUUUUUUUGCACUACAUACACUUUAAUUACUUGAUAAGACCUUUUGAACUUUACUAAGGCGCAUCUGUGUGCUGGGCGCGAGUGGGGAACGCAGCAGCUGAGUUAAGUGUUCACCACGGUGGGGGAGAACCUUGUCUUUUUCUGCACUAACCUUUACUUGAUGCAAGGAAGCAACUUUUGUUUCCGGCCAUGUUAACUAAACCCCCGUUUCCGGGGCGUGGGGGGUAGGAACAAAACUCAAAGUAGAUGAUUCCUAUGAAUGAUGCUUUUAGGAGGGGCUUGGAUACCGUUUUUUUUCUUUGUAUGCAAAACAGGUAACGAUAUGCAUUCUUGGAAGAGUCGUCGUCAUGGCUUAUCUCAACCGCAAUGUGAUGUGGAUCUGAUUAGAACAUCUGAUUUCCUCUUCCUUGUCUUAUAAGCAAGGUUAGCAGGGAAAUUGGGGGUAUUUCUACCAGGUUCUGUUUUUCACACAUAUCCUGCUGGGAUGAAAUGGAAAUCAUGUAGCCUUAAUGCACAGAGAGUUCCCCAAGGACUUUUGCUGGAACACCAGCCCCGGAGAAUUUUCUGCGUUGUCUACCUUUAGCACAGCAGGAGGAGGAUUGCCUUUUUUUUUUUUUUAUAAUUUAAUGCCAAAUUAUUAGCCAAAGAGAUCUUUAAUCUAGUUUCAACAUUUCUACAUGUAGAGAUAGGUAUACUGACAGAGAUCAUUAUUUGGCAGAACCACUUCCUCCAUCUGCAGCAGGGAAAACAAAUCCAGUGGCUUCUAGUUAAAGAGAAGUUGCUUAACGCUCAUUAUUUCAAGAAGGGUUAAGGGACGCAUGUGAUUCUCUUGUCGCCUUUUGUCUGAAAAAUGAUAAAUGGCCUUGCUUUCUUUCAGUGAUGAUCCUUUUUACAACAGCGGAGAGAAUUCAAAAAAAAAAAAACCCACAGAGAGAGUUUAUAAUUUUAUCCCCUUUUUAAUAUUCUGGUGUAGCAACCUGUGAUAUAAAUUAGAGAUGAUUUUUGUGAGUUUUAAAACUGUGUGUAAAUACAGAUUUUGUAAAUACAAAAGCAUUUUGUAAUUUUAACUCUGUGUAUAGCAAAAGCGGGUAUAAAUUUAUCCACAAAUGGAGGGGGGGGGAAUUUUAGAGGGUGAAAAGUUAUGAAGCCUGGACCGGUGGCAGGAUAAAUGUAGUGUGCAUUUGUGUGUCCCUUCUUUUUGCCAUCUAGUCCUCUGUACAUUCUUGGACUAAUAAAUAAUUAAAUCAAGGAAGCCCCACUGAAAAGGAAAUGGAUAAUGGGAAAGAAAAAAAAGUUUAAGGGUUUUCCUUUACUCUUAAAUGUUAUUCCAAGUCCUGUCUUUCCUUGGACCGUUGCUUGCUGAGAGUUUUUUUUACCCCAUGAAUUUCUGUUUUCAUAACUGCUGUAAAUUCUCUGAAACGCGUUAAAAUCUAGCAUGUACCUUGAAAGGAUAAAUAAAUCUCAGUUGCUGUGUUCAGGUACAGUUGCUGGGUAUCUGUAUUUUGCAAUAAAUGGUUGAGUCUCUGA